AUGAAGAUCGCUUGGAGCGUUUCCUUUCUGUUCGCAUCCGCUUCGGCGUUUGCCCCUCGUCCUUUCGGUGCUGCGAAUGCUCGUUGUUCUUCUGCUUUGGCUGCCGAAAUUCGCGGACCGUCCGACAAAUCAAAGGUCCUCAAAUUCGGUUGGGAUGGUACGACGGCUCUCGGAGGAGCGGUGGUCGAUUCCAAACCCGCCCGUAUGCUGGACGAAAUUCGUGCGGCUGGAGAAACUAUCCCCAACGAGUGCGAGGUCUUCAACGCGAAUCUCGAAAUGGAUGGCGACAGUGUCACGUUCGAAACUGUGAUCGAAUUGAUUGACAAAUACUACGAACCGCAAUUGUUGGAAUUCAGGAACGGAGACAUGCUAAACAAACAGGGUGAGAACGAAGCUUCGGCUAAAAUUCUCUCGUACGCAGCUCUAAGCGAGUUGGAUAAGGACACGACUUUGAAACUCUGGGGGCAGUAUUACCGUGAAGUAGUCAAGGAUCCCGAUGGUGAUUCGCAUCAGAAUAUUCGCAAUUUUAUGAAAUACGGAUGGGAAGGAGUUCCUUUUGAAAAUGGUAUUGCCGUCACCAAAAAGGCUGUCGGCGACGCAGAGUGGGACUGGGAUGCCGAAAGCUGGAUCCCUUAA